AUGUCCUCCCCAGCCGUCUACAUUUCAGACAAUGAAGAUGACAGCCAAGGAAUCCCUGUUCCCAGAGGGGACAAAGUCUUCACCCAAAGGGUAGAUAAAUUCGGUCCGCAUAUCAGGUCUCAAUCGACCCAUGCUUCCCUUAGCGCUCUUCGUCGCCUUUGUAACAUUCCUCAGGAAAUAGAAUUCUCUCUUCCUAGACCCAACGAGUCUCCGGAAGUAGUGCGAGAGGGUUACUGUUGUGCGUACGAAGUCUAUUUCAAAGGUUGCGGUUUAUUUUUUCCCAUACCGGAAGUUCUCCUUUUGUACCUCCAUCUAUGGAUCGCUUUUCCCCAAAUGGCUCCCAACUUUCUCCGGUAUUUCCUGAGCACCCUGACCGUAUCGGCAGAGGCUGGGUUUUCUCUCACCACCAGCGAACUCUUAGGGCUAUUUCGAGCCCGUGAUUUUGCGGCAGCGGGUAUGUUUUCCAUGAAUCCUAUCUUUGACCGUAAACUCAUCGACGGAAUGCCCCUGAAUGAUGGGCCUUGGAGGAAAUACUGGUUCUUUUUCCGAAUUAAUCCUCAUUCCGUUAAAGGGCUUUCCGGUCUUCUUCUCCCAAAUUGGUCGUCUAAACUUGGGAACCAGACGAUCCCCCGUCCAACUGUUGACUUCUUAUCUUUCUUUCGAAUCGUUUCGGAGGGUGAAACAAAUUGGAAUUCCUUCACCCUUCAGCGUAUUCAUAAAGCGGGGCUCGCUAUCGAAGAUGGUCAAACUCACCCCCUCGAUCCUCCUUCCGAAGAAAAAGACGCCUCGAGCCUGAAUGCUCGGGAUAAGCGAAAAAUGCUCGCCGAGACUAAGGCUCUUAAGGAUCAGUUAUCCGAAAUUGGAAAAAAGAAGCGGAUAGCUGCAAUCUCCAGGGUUGGUAACUUCCACAGGAAGACCCUCUUGGUUGAUGAUGGUUCUUUAGAAGCGGCUUUUUCAAUUGUGGUGGAUUCUCAUGGAGCCGAUAUUCCUAACGACCCUCCAGUUGCCACCGCUAUGUGCCCUUCUGCACAGGAGUAA